AUGAUGGUGAGUUUGAAGUUUGAACCUGAACAUUGAUGGCCCCAUUGACUAGAAUCUGAGAUCCACUACAUUCAUAAAUAUCACACCACUACACCAACACAGCAACAACAUUCCUCCAAAACCAUGGCCCACCCAUUUCACCUGCUUCUGCUUCUCCUCCCAACUUACCACCUCUUCCUCCUCCCCUUCGCCGCCUCCAUCGGCGUCAACUACGGCACCGUCGCCGACAACCUCCCACCUCCCUCCACAGUAGCCACCUUCCUAAAAUCCCAAACCACCAUCGACCGCGUCAAAAUCUUCGACACAAACCCCGUCAUGCUCCGCGCCUUCGCCGGAACCAACAUCGCCGUCACAGUAACCGUCGGCAACGGCGACAUCCCUAAACUCGCGAAGCUACCAGCAGCCCAGUCAUGGGUCGCCAGCAACAUCCUCCCCUUCCACCCCAAAACCACCAUCAACCGCAUCGCCGUCGGCAACGAAAUCCUCGCCACCUCCGACAAAACCCUCAUCGCACACACUCUCCCCGCCAUGGAAGCUCUCUACAAAGCCCUCCAACUCGCGAACCUCACCCACAUCCAAGUCUCCACCCCUCACUCCCUCGGCAUCUUAACCUCCUCAGAACCACCCAGCUCGGCGGCGUUCCGCCGCGGCUACGACAAAACCAUCUUCACCCCCAUUCUCAACUUCCUCCGCCAAACAAACUCCCCAUUCAUGGUAAACCCAUACCCAUUCUUCGGGAUCACGUCAACCCGACCCGAUACUCUCAACUACGCGCUGUUCAAACCGUUUCACGGCGUUUUUGACGCGGCAACCGGCGUGAACUACACGAACAUGUUCGACGCGCAGAUGGACGCGGUGUUUUCUGCGAUGAAGAAGGUUGGAUAUGGUGACGUGGAGUUGGUGGUGGCGGAAACGGGUUGGCCGUCGGCGGGUGACCCGAACCAAGCGGGUGUGGGUGUGGACAAUGCGGCGUCGUAUAAUGGGAAUUUGAUUAAGCACGUGAGUUCUGGGAAGGGGACACCGUUGAUGCCUAAUAGAACGUUUGAGACUUUUAUAUUUUCUUUGUUUAAUGAGAAUUUGAAGGCCACGGUUUCGGAGCGGAAUUAUGGCUUGUUUAAACCUGAUCUUACUCCUGUUUACGACGUCGGUCUUCUCACUCAACAGGCAGCGGGUCCCACAUCUGGCCCCACAGCUGGACCCACAGCGGCACCAGCAGAAGCACCGUCGUCAGGGUCGGGUGAACCGCCGUCGUCUUCAAAGUGGUGCACGGCGAAGCAGGGAGCAAGUGAAGCGGCGUUGCAGGCCAACAUUGACUUCGCGUGCAGUACUAAAGGGGUAGACUGUGGGCCCAUAAAGCAAGGUGGGCCAUGCUUCAAGCCCAAUACAGUGAGGGCCCACGCGUCCUUCGCCAUGAACGCGUAUUACCAGGCAUCUGGCCGCCAUGAUACCGACUGUGAUUUCGGACACACUGGAGUCGUCACUUCCAUCAACCCAAGUUAUGAGACGUGUACGUAUGUAUCUUCAGCUGAAGGGCCCAAACAAAAGGUUAAAAAUCCGGAUACAGUAGGGUCACCAACAGGGUCACCAGUAGGGUCACCCAAACCUGCAAAGUCUAACGACGCUGGAUCAUUGAAGGCUUUCUUAGUUCAUCUUCAACUUAUCUGUUUCUGUUUUUUCUAUCUUUAAUGAUUUUGUUCCUGUUAAUAUUAUUGAUUGAUGUAUAACAUACUAAAUUUAUAAGCUUAGCCUUAUUUUUGUUUAGUUGAAUUAAUUUAACCCUGGA